AUGGGGAAAAAACAAAAUAAGCGUGCAGUCAUCUUCUAUGAACUGCCAGCAGAUUUAGACAUUGUUUUAUUCAAAUACGAACUCGAGAAAUUCGGAGAAAUUCAGUUUUUCGAUAUGCCAAGAAAUUCAGAAGGGAAAUGGGACAGAACAUGCAUUGUUGCUUAUCUUUUUGAUACAGAUAACGAAAAACUCCUUUGUAAUGUACCUAGAGUAGUAUUUUGCGGCGUUCAUCUUAAGGCAAGAUUUGGCUAUCACCAAUUCUAA